GAACUGAUGUGAAUGUGACGUCCCACAGACGCGCUGGACAAGUUUACACAUGAAAAAGUGCUGUAAACGACGCCCCAGAAUUACUACAUAACUUUACCUCCUACUCAGAAAGUCACAAACAGAAGUCUGUCUAUUUUAUUUGAGCUCCAUGAUCUAAAGCAGUGACUGACAGGUUUGUAUUUGACAAGAUCUUCUGAGGAAUGUCGAUAACGAGGAAAGAUGGUGAGGAAUGGGCGCAGUUGGUUUGCACUACGGACAUUGACGCACCCACUCUGCCGAUUUGUGGAGAGAAAUUCACCAUGGGAAGAGCGCUAGGGUGCAACCUCAGUCUGCCAGAGAACAAGUUGAUAUCAGGUCAGCACUGUGUCCUGCUGAGGAAUGAGGAUGGUACAGUCAUUGUAAGAGAUACCAGUACCAACGGGACAUUGAUUAGUUCAUCAGCCAGCAAGACCAGAGUGACCAAAGGAAGAAGCCACAAGCUUCAACACGGUGAUGAGAUCUUUCUUGUCUUCAAAAAAGAAGACCCAACUAAAAAUGUUGCGUACAUGUUUCAAGACCUGAGCCAACUCCUUGAUGAAACUCUCGUCAAUGAGGACCCAGAAAGUGAUGAAGAGUGCACGGAGGAGUACGAAGUGAAGAAGACAGCGGCUGAUACCCGAUCAGGAGACACGCCAACAAAGCGACCGGCGUCCGGGGUGGAUCCCGCAGAGGUUGGAGCUGUGCCAACCAAGAGACCUCGGGACAACAUCACCGAUCAGGGCAAUCAGUCUGAUCGACUCUGUCAACCUCCAGAACCAAAAAGUACCGAUGUUCCAACCACCACAUCGGCAGCUGUUCCCAAUGCAGAGACUGCGAAGCAAAUGGAUGUUGCGUCCUCUGGGAUUGGAACAGCCACUGAUACUGCAGCAACCACUGCUCCUGGCAAUGGCAAAGCGAUGGGUGAUUCAGUGGCUGCUGUUGACACUCCAGUGGGUGCGACACCGGGUGGAGGGGAUGCCCAGGUUGCCGCUGGGGAAGGAAUAGCCGAUAACCUCAUAUGCAGCAUAUGCCAGGAUAUCUUUCAUGACUGCAUAAGUCUGCAGCCGUGCUUGCAUUCCUUCUGUGCGGCAUGUUACUCAUCCUGGAUGGAUAUAUCAAAGGACUGCCCUUCUUGUAGGAAUAAAGUAGAGAGAAUCAGUCGCAACUUCAUUGUCAACGGCCUAGUAGAUGCGUUUGUCAAGGAACACCCAGAUCGGAAACGUUCUGAUGAUGAGAAAGCUGAAAUGGAUGCCAAGAACAAGAUCACCAGAGAUAUGAUGGUUCUGUCUGGGAAACAUCAAGCCGGAUUUGACGAUGAUGAGGAUAAUGAAGAUAGUGAUGAUGAUUAUGAUGAAGAUGAAGAGGACUACAAUUCAGAUCAAAAUGAAUAUGGCUAUAUUCCUAAUAGACCCAAUAUCAUGCAGGGUUUAUUCCUCCCGAGGCCAGUAGCUCCAGUAGCUGCUUGUAUGCAGUGUCCCGGCUACUUUGGCCCUGGAUUCGACACUGGCAUCACCAUGCAUCCUCCUAUUCCACCGUCAUCAUCAGCAGCUACUAACAAUGCGCCAUGCACAGCCAUUUCAGCAACACAACCCCAAACAGGCGCAGCAACGACAAAUCAAGCAUCUCAUUCUACGUCCACAAGCUCCAACACAGCAACAACGGAUCAAGCAUCUACAUCUACGGCCACAAGCACCGGCGCAACAGCCCAGCCUUCUACCCCUGCAUGGGCCAUCAACUGCAGAGGCUACAAGCGAACCAUUAACGGGGAGUACAUACCGAUGCCAAAGGUGCCACAGUUUCAGUGUCAACAAGGCAGCAAUCAUCUCAUGUGUGGGUGUUGCCAUUUGCAAAUGCCAGACAGACGACACGAGUACUUUAACAAUCCGUACGGCGUACCGUCGCAGAAGUGUGAUGUUUGUGGGAACUUCUUCUGUCAUCGUUACUGGGGCUGUAAGAAGAUAGACUGUAACGGAUGCCUGAAUGAAUUUCAGGAUUUGCAUUUUGGAAAGAAGUGCCUGGAUAAUCUCAUUCUCAAAAAUACCUACGAAUCAGAAAUAUUAAAGGAUUACCUUAAAAGGAAGGACCUUACCUGGAAAGAUGUAUUAGAUUCCUGCAUGGUCAAGUUAGAUUCUGGGGAAUACGUCUGCCAAGAUGGAGCUAUAAAUAGAAUCUCCUCGGCCAACGUUCUGUGCUAUCACUGCGGCUUGAAGAACUUCCAGGAACUUGCUUACCAGUACCGCAGGGACAUUCCAAAAUCCGAUCUGCCUCGUCAAAUUGCCUCAAGGCCUGACUGCCACUGGGGAAGUAAGUGCCGGACGCAAGCCAACAAGCUUCAACAUGCAAAGAAUUUUAACCACAUAUGCGAGCAGACCAAAUUUUGAAAGGAGUCAAGAGCCAAGUCAAGCCAGGUCAAUCAUCAUCUCGUGUCCAUGCCAACUGCAAAUCACCGAUGGUUUACAUAUGGUUUGUGUAGUCUACGCUUAACUCUUACUCUGUCAGGAUAAUGUACUAUUAUUACACCUCAUACAUACUUGUAUUAAUGAACAAACUAAGCAACAGUCUAAACACCCCUCCCCCCCCCCCCCCUCUCGGGAGGGGGAGCUGCAAAAAAGGCAAACCGCAACAAAAAUAGCACAUGCCUGCUGAACCUCCCUCUCGGCAGCUAAACACCCUUUCCCCAACCU